CCAAGAGCGGGCCUCCCAGCGCGCCGGCGGGACCCGGAAUCGCCGCUGCAGAGCCUGCCCCCGCCCUUCCUGCGGGCUCCCGGGGCACCCCCUGGGGUCGCUCAUCCGUGAAUAGUCGCGGGCGCUGCUCUGGUUCCAACGCUGCGCUCACAUCUUGAGAUGUGGCGGGGGAUGUACCGCCCUUGGCGGGUGGAGUGGGGCGUAGGACCGGGGCUGAGGGGGCACGGACAGGCCACCGAGCAUCACUGAGUCGGACGGUGGGAGGGGCUGUGCUCGGGCUGUGGGACGCAAUGGGAUCGAAAAUCCGGGCGCCCAACCCCGUCCUGGGGAGGCCCAGGGGACUCCCAGGGGAAGUGGGAUCUGAUCCAGGAGCACUUGGAAGGGCAAGUGGAAGGCUGGGGAGAUGCAGGCCUCAGGGUCAUCUGCUGAGAAGACCAGGCCAGGACUGGCUCAGAUGGGGUAACCGGGACUCACUGUGAGGAAGUGACUUUUACCUGAGACAUUCUGGACAGGACAGAGCUAAUGCAUCUGGAACUUGCAUUUUUGGACCUGCGUCCAGAACCCUGGGGAUUUCCACCAGAGCAGUGAACAUCCCCAGUGAGAAUUCUGCGCUGCUUGGAGGUCCCAGGGAACACAGCAGGUUGCUGGCUUUGACUCUGCCCACGUCCCCGGGGAGGAGGUGGAUGAAGGAAGCCUGAGGCUCUCCGACAGGGGAACUCUGACAGUGGUUCCUGAAAGUUCGUGACAUCGUUCUUUUUUCUCUCUGACUUGCUCUCCUCCUCCCUCUCACUCGAAAGAAUGACUGGACACUCCUAGAGCUUUCAGUCACCAUCCAGGGGAUUUUUUCCACCACAAAGGGUAAUUCCUGUCCCAUCCCUGCUGUGACUCAGCUGUGACGUUGAACCACACAAGGCAGUGAGAAGAUAAAGUCAUCAGACUCCUGCUCAUCAGAGAGGGUGGCCCGACGCAGACUCCACGGGGCUGCUCCCCUCCCCAGAGGAGCUUGGACAGGCCCCCUCCUCAGCCAGCCUGGGACCCCGGCAUGGCCUCUGGCUCAGCCACCAGCCCCCGCUCGGCCCCCGAUGAGAACGAGUUCCCAUUUGGGUGUCCCCCCACCGUCUGCCAGGACCCACCAGAGCCCAGACCCCUCUGCUGUGCUACAUGUCUCCCUGAGAACGUGAGGAACAGCGAGGAUCGGAUCUGCCCCAAAUGCAAGGGAGACGAUGCCCCAUCUGAAAGCCCAGGAGGCCUUCUGUCUCAGGACAAGGAUCACCCCGAGGUGGCUGAGGCUGGAGUUGGGUGCCCCUUUGCAAAUGUUGGCUGCCCCUUCAAGGGGAGCCCAAAGCUCAUGCAAGAGCAUGAGGCCACCUCCCAGGUCACCCACCUGAACCUGCUGUUGGGGUUCAUGAAACAGUGGAAGGCCCAGCUGGGCUCUGGCCUGGAGUCUGGACCCAUGGCCCUGGAGCAGAAUCUGUCAGACCUGCAACUGCAGGGGGCUGUGGAGGUGGCUGGGGACCUGGAGGUGGACUGCUACCGAGCCCCGUGCUCCGAGAGCCAGGAGGAGCUGGCCCUGCAGCACUUCAUGAAGGAGAAGCUCCUGACCGAGCUGGAGGGGAAGCUGUGUGUGUUUGAGAAUAUCGUCGCCGUCCUCAACAAGGAGGUGGAGGCCUCCCACCUGGCCCUGGCCGCCUCCAUCCACCAGAGCCAGCUGGACCGCGAGCACAUCCUAAGCUUGGAACAGAGGGUGGUGGAGUUGCAGCAGACCUUGGCCCAGAAGGACCAGGCUCUGGGCAAGCUGGAGCAGAGCCUCCGCCUCAUGGAGGAGGCCUCCUUUGACGGCACCUUCCUGUGGAAGAUCACCAACGUCACCAGGCGGUGCCACGAGUCAGCCUGCGGCAGGACUGUCAGCCUCUUCUCCCCAGCUUUCUACACGGCCAAGUACGGCUACAAGUUGUGUCUGCGGCUCUACCUGAAUGGGGAUGGGACGGGGAAGAGGACCCACCUGUCGCUCUUCAUCGUGAUCAUGAGAGGCGAGUAUGAUGCUCUGCUGCCAUGGCCUUUCCGGAACAAGGUCACCUUCAUGCUGCUGGACCAGAACAACCGUGAGCACGCCAUCGAUGCCUUCCGGCCCGACCUGAGCUCAGCCUCCUUCCAGCGGCCCCAGAGCGAAACCAACGUGGCAAGUGGCUGCCCGCUCUUCUUCCCCCUUAACAAGCUGCAGUCGCCCAAGCACGCCUACGUGAAGGAUGACACCAUGUUCCUCAAGUGCAUCGUGGAGACAAAUGCUUAGGGCGGGCAGGGCUGGGCCAGCUGCACCUGGGUCCCCAAGAAGCACCAGCUCAGAUGGGGGUCUGGCAAAAAUACUGAGGUCCUGCCCUUGGCACCCAAGAUCCCAGGGCACAAUGAUGGGCUGGGGUGGCAUGAUCUGAGCAGGGCGGACAGACUGACUGUGGCUGGCCAUCUGCUUUGGGUGGCAGGGCCUUGAGCUGGGCCCACAGAGGCAGAGGGUCCAGAAGGAGGCAGUGCAGGAUUGUCCCUCCUGCACUGACCAGGCAACACUGGAGCCCCCCACCCAACGCUGGUCCUGAAUGUUGAGGUGGCAUCUGGCCAAGAUGCAGAGGGCGUGGGAACCAGCGUGGGCAUGGAUGGUGAACUGGAGAUGUAGGGCCUCAGCAAAGAAGCUCUUGGGAUGAGAAUGCCUCUGCAGGCCACCCUGGAGAACAUGCUUGCUGUCUUCCUGCUUGAGGUCAGAACCGGGACCGGGGGUGGAAGGGACAGGGUGCCAAUGUGAAUUUCUCUGUCUUGCCCUGGACUGAGUUCCCCACCACUGGAGGUGAUCAAGCAAAGCCAGAGUGCUACCCUGGGUGGGGUGGGGGGAGCGGGCAUCACACUGAGGGGUGGAUUUGAAGACCUUCAAGGUCCCUUCCAGCCUAGAAAAUCUACCUCCAGGCCUCCUGGGCCAGAUGCGGCUCAGGGCUGCAGCAGUACUGGAAACAUUCAGGAGCCUCAUGACCUCCAGGGUCCCGGCUCACCAUCAGUACCACCGGGUGGGCUGAGCUGGCCGGCACAGCACCUGCCACCCCAGGCCUGGCUGCUCUGUUUCCCCACAGUGCACGGCCACACACAGGCCCCGCAUCCUGCGUUCCCCUAGCCGAACUCGCCUCCACCUCCUCCAGGUGAAACCGGGGCACCGAGCUUCCAGGAGAAGCCAGGAGUGUGGAGAAGGAGGAGGCACAAACUCCACGCUCCCCACCUGGAGGCCCCACCCUUGGCUGUUUCCAGAAUCCCAUGUCACCUGAUUAACCAAGCGACGGUUCCAAGGUCUCUGAGCCAUCAGCAGAGGUUGUCCUCUUAGAAAUGUAUAAAACCAAGGAAAGAAUUUAUUCACUCUCUUUUGCAGUUUUCAUGAAGGGUCUGGUGGUGGGAGUUGGUGGUAACUUGUGAGCUCUGGGUGGUGCUGCCAGUUUUGCCGGCAGCAUCCAAGGCUGGCGUCCUUGGGGGAGCAUCCCUCUCAGCCGCAGUCUUCUGUCUGUAUCGGGGGAGGGGGUGCCCUGGCCUCUCUGGGUUCUGUGACCUCACAGGAGAUGCUGCCCGGGAGAGGCUGCAGAGGGAAAGGCGGGGGCACCGCUGCCCAUCUGCCUGGCCUGGCUGUGGCCCACGCUUGUCUUCUCACUCUGGAGGCCCUUCCCGCCACAACCGAUUCCUGCAAGGACCCUCACCUGACUUCCCAGAGCCCCUGAGACUGCACGUUGCUGCUCAGAGCCCCAGGGCAAGCCUCUGCUCCCCUCCUCACCAGCCUUCCUGCCGCUUGCUCUCCCUUUACUAAACUGAGGUUGCCGUCGCUUCACUCCUCACACCCUCAGGGUUCUCAUCUGUGAAAUGGGCCAGCAGCCCUCUCGAGCCCAGUGUGUGUGAGGAUGACCCUCACGUGAGAGGUGAGGGAGCGGCACGGCCCAGUGGGCUCAAUAGAUCAAUCAGAAAACCCAAGCCACCCUUAGUCCAGACCUGGUACCCUGGCGUGCCUCAGCCUCUUCGCUGAAAAACCCAGGGAAGCAUCCUCCCGGGCCCUGCCCAGCUCACGGGGUUUUCACGAGGCCCAGAUACAAGACUGCAGCUCCAGUGCUUUGUACUGUAAUCGCAUCUCGCCAGGCGUGAUCGGCCUCAAAUGUGUCAGCGCUGCUGACAGCCUGUCAUGCAGGCUGAUCUGCUUCCUUGAUGUGUAUAGAUAACAAGGGGAGGUCUGGCGUAGCAAGUUAUGGGAACAUCUGUCCCAAAGCUGGUGUCCUGGCAAAAGACAUCAUCCCUCCUCGCUGAGCUCAGAAGGGGCUUGUGGGACAAGCACUACUAGGGACAACUAUCACUCUGUCCCUUUCAUUGCUCGUAUCUGAUGGGAAGAGACACACACUCUUCCAACAGUAUGAGCCGCAGCUGUUCUUUCAGCAAACUUUAUUGAGACCUACUGAGCUGGACCCUAGUGGGUGGGGAAAGGUAAGACGUGUGCCCCACCCCAAAAAACUCUUAGUCCAGUGGAUGAAACAGAUACAUAAGUAGAUCAUUGAAACUGAUACAUAAGAGAAGCUCAGCGAAAGCACAGGAACCCAGAUUCAUUGAGUGAAGCAAAGAGGGCUUCCUGGAAGAGGUGACAUGUAAACUCAGGCUUCAAAUAUUUUGAGAUGCAGAGGAUUGGGGUGCAGGGGAGAGUAAAGACCCAGAGAUGGGGAAGCAGUCUUAGAUUCAGGUAGGGGCUGUGAGGCGGAGGAGAAGGCAGAAAGGUAGGAUGGGCUGGAGCACAGAAGACAUCAAAGGCAGUUUCAACUGCCCGACAGUGGCAGCCCUGGGCGGAGGAUUCCCAGAUUACCUGCCUGUGACCCUUUGGGCUAUUAACAGCAGGAUGAGAUAAUGAUUUGAAACAUUUACUAAUUUAUCUUACAACGAAGCCCUUUGUUAAGUGCACCGAACACCUGACAUCUCACCUCUUAACAUGUGAUUCAAGGGGAGGGGAAGGCAAGAUGCAGGCAAAGCCACUGUUUCACUGGAUCCUCAACUCCCUACCCAACCCAUGAGGCCAGAGAGGCCAGGUGCCCUGCCUAAGGUCAGGAGGGAACAAGGGAGGCAGCUGGAAUUAGAAGCCAGGUCUCUUGUUCCUUUUGUGUCUUCAGCCAAGAUAAGGUCCCAGCUUCAUGGGAGGCCUUGGGGGACAGUAGGUCCCUCUGCUCCCAGCCAGAGGGCCAGCCCCGUAGGAACAACGGAUGUCACCCCGACAGUGCCCGGAGGGGAAUGUUUGCUCUCACCCGAUGACACACAGGCCACCUUGUUGAUGUCCUCAGGUGAUGGUUGGACCACCCUGAGCAGUAAAGACAACUACUAUUUAUGCCUUUAAUUGCUCAUUUCUGAUUGUAAGAGACACAGAAUCGUGGUGGGAAAACUGGGUAGUAUAAUCAUCUGGGCUGGUGACAUUUCUUCCUUCUUCGGAUCCUUUCCUCAACCCCUACCCAUCUCAAGUCAUUUUCCUCUUUAGAAAAUUCGGAGUUUGUGGAGCUGGAGAGGUUAUCCUCGAUUACUGAGGAGGGCCCAGUGUCAUCACAAGGGUCCCCCUAAGAGGCAG